AUGGAUCCUUCACAGAUACGAGAGAGAAUUGGUCGCUUUCGAAUCCUCGUGAUAGGAAGAGCUAAUGCAGGCAAAACUACCAUCCUACAGAGAGUCUGUAGCACACGGGAGAAUCCAGAGAUAUAUAACAGCGCUGGGGAAAAGGUAGGCAUCACGAUGCUACGCGGAUUGCACAACAUUGAGAAUGAAAUGGUAUUUAAAAGCAACCCGGGUUUCAGGUUUCAUGAUUCUCGCGGGUUUGAAGCAGGCGGCGAAUCUGAAUUUAAAAUGGUCAAGGCAUUCAUCGCAGACCGUUCUAAGGAAGUCAGAUUAUCACAUCAACUCCACGCUAUCUGGUAUUGCAUCCCAAUGGAUGAGGCGUGUAGGGCGUUCACCCAAGGGGAAAUCAAAUUCUUCUCUCAAUGCGAUACUGGAAACAUUCCAGUAAUAGUAUUGUUCACAAAAUUUGAUGCACUCUAUGACGAAGCAUACGUCCAGCUGAAAUCAAAGGGGGCAUCGAUGAAGGUCGCUGCAGAGCUAGCGCCGAAGCACGCAGAAGAGUUAUUUGUGAUUGGGCCACAACUGAAAUUUCUAUACGACCCCAAGGAGAUUCGACGCCCUCCAAAAUGCCACAUAUGCCUCCCUAACAUGGACAGAGACGAUGCAGAUUGCGGGCCACUUAUCAAACGAACGGCAGAAACUCUGGAUAAUGAAGUGCUCAAGCAAUUAUUCGUCUCGACUCAGCUGACCAACUUGGAGCUCUGCAUGAAAUAUGCAGUUGAGAUGUGA